AUGAGCCCUCCGAAAAUCCCUUCAGAGCAUGUGUACUGUAUCCAGACCGGAAAAAAACACCAUGAACUCUUCACUACGAUAUAUCUCGAGGCGAAUUAUUGUGGUCGAUGUGGCCUUGCCAACCCGUUCCGGUCUGAGCAUCGAGCCAGAUCCAGAACUCCAGCACUUCCGGGUCCGCACGAUGAAGUAGUGGAGGUUGAUGACUCCCCUCCUCGGCCAGUCAGGCCAGUCAGCCCAGCAAGCCAGCUGUUCCGUGACAAACCGAACCCCGUCUCGCUCAUCGGCUUUGGACGUCCGGCUCAGCUUCUGCCCAACGAAUUAUCCAUUUCCGGCGCGGUGCACACGCGAGCACGUGUCCAGCCCGCUGAGGCGUUAGGUGAUCCUCCGUUCAUGACAGUUGCAACAGCAGCUAGUCGGGCUAUUCAGAGUACAAAAGCCAGUACCAGAAAGCCAACAAGGCAGCGAACAGGAUAUCAGUGGGUACACAUCAGCCUCUUGCUUGUGAGCUUGGAAGUCAGAUACUUUAAUGGGCUGGCGGUCGAGGUUCCAGAGACGGUGCUGCCGCUCAAGGAUACGGUUAUCAAGUUCUCUUCGACAGACCUACUGACCUGGCCUUCGUUCACCGCGACCUUAUUCGACCAUCUACGUCCGCUUCCGUCCACGGUUGAUCCGACAAACAAGGAACUUUGGAGCAUUUCUUACGCUUCGAGCUUUUCUGGCAAGAAGAUCGUCACGGUCCCCAACAUAGACAAAUACCCAGGCCCGUCAGCAAUGCUGGCCCCUGGGCAUUUCGGCAACAACCAAGCAGGACAGUUAAAGGUGCUUCUCGUCCUUACAUCUACUGAUGUAAUCGAUAAGCAAGAAUCGGUGACGCCACUCAGGCCGGAGGAAUACCCAACGCCAGUCAAAGAAGAAAAGAAGCGGAGGGUCAAGCAAGAGAACACGAGCCCUGCGCCUCAGCGUCAGAAGCGGGUCAAGCACGAGGACAAAAGUAGCAGUGAGGGGAUCAGCGGAGGGACCGAUCCUAACAGACUAGUAUCAGCGGGUGUUAUAUCCAGCCCCAAGGUCCCCAUCUAUAACGGCUGCCGCCAGGAUUCAAUGGGUGAUGAGCGUGAGGAAAUCAUGGAGGAGAUAGUCGUAAGCGAAGACGUGGAAGACUUCUGUGGACUGAAAGAGCCGCUUGGACAAGUACCGCUUGAUAGAAUGGUCGGCCAUAGUGAGGCGAGAGGUCUGGUACACGAUGGAGACAACGCCGACGAAAAUGAAGAUGGGAAAACUGCCGUCACCAAGUUCGUAAGAAACCAGGUCUUAUCGAUAAAGUAA